GGGAGCGGAAGCUGGUGUUUCGCAGCCCGGAGCUGUAGCAGCUGUUCGCUCUAGCAGCUGGUUAGUCCAGCUUGCUGGGACUUUGACUUGCCGCUGAACUCCUGACAAGGGUAGCCCAGGGAUGCCUCUCGGCUUCUUUCUACGAGGAGCUUAACGCGCCCCGCCUGCCGUCCGGAUGGGACCGCCGGAGUGCUGUAAGAGGCGGGACGGAGGCUGCGGGCGAAGAGUUCCCAGUGAAUAUUGAGUUGCUGAGGAAUUUGGUUAAAGACAAACUGCCAUUCCCAUUCCAUGGAUCCCUUGGGUGCCCCUUCUCAGUUUGUAAAUGUGGAUAUACUACCAAGCUGGGGUGAACUUCAUGAAGAUGAAUUGAAUGCUUCUGAUACUGGAGCUGAAACAUUUCAGGAAGACACUAUUAGAUCACCUUUUCUUUAUAAUAAGGACAUCAAUGCAAAAGUGAUUCUUUGGAAAGGAGAUGUGGCAUUAUUGAACUGUACAGCCAUUGUGAAUACCAGCAAUGAAAGUCUUACAGACAAGAAUCCUGUGUCAGAAAGUAUCUUCAUGCUCGCAGGGCCUGAUUUGAAGGAGGAUCUCCAGAAACUUAAAGGUUGCCGGACAGGUGAAGCAAAAUUGACAAAAGGCUUUAACCUAGCUGCCCGGUUCAUCAUUCACACAGUGGGACCUAAAUACAAGAGCCGCUAUCGCACAGCAGCUGAGAGUUCCCUGUACAGCUGUUACAGAAAUGUGCUUCAGCUGGCAAAAGAGCAGCCAGUGUCUUCUGUUGGAUUCUGUGUCAUCAAUUCUGCAAAAAGAGGUUAUCCUUUAGAGGAUGCAACACACAUAGCACUUCGCACUGUAAGGAGAUUCCUAGAGGUUCAUGGGGAGACCAUUGAAAAAGUAGUAUUUGCUGUCUCUGACCUUGAAGAGGCUACUUACCGGAAGCUGCUACCUCUGUACUUCCCAAGGUCAUUAAAGGAGGAGAGUCGAUCAUUGCCCUACCUCCCUGCAGAUAUUGGAAAUGCAGAAGGGGAGCCUGUAGUACCUGAACGGCAGAUUCGAAUAAGUGAGAAACCUGGUGCCCCAGAGGACAACCAAGAGGAAGAGGAUGAAGGCUUAGGAGUUGAUCUGUCUUUCAUUGGCUCUCAUGCUUUUGCUCGAAUGGAAGGAGAUAUUGAUAAGCAAAGAAGACUCAUCCUUCAGGGACAGUUAUCAGAGGCAGCCCUGCAGAAGCAGCAUCAGAGAAAUUACAAUCGCUGGUUAUGUCAAGCAAGAUCUGAGGAUCUAUCUGAUAUUGCUUCUCUAAAAGCCUUAUACCAAACAGGUGUUGAUAACUAUGGUCGAACAGUGAUGGUGGUCGUUGGAAGAAACAUUCCUGUAACAUUAAUAGAUAUGGACAAGGCUCUCUUGUAUUUUAUCCAUGUAAUGGAUCAUAUUGCUGUGAAGGAAUAUGUAUUAGUAUAUUUUCACACACUUACCAGCGAAUACAAUCACCUGGACUCUGACUUCCUGAAGAAACUCUACGAUGUUGUUGAUGUCAAGUACAAGAGGAAUUUGAAGGCUGUUUAUUUUGUUCAUCCAACAUUUCGUUCAAAGGUAUCAACAUGGUUUUUUACCACCUUUUCUGUCUCAGGACUGAAGGACAAAAUCCACCAUGUGGAUAGCCUCCACCAGCUAUUUUCCGCCAUAUCACCAGAACAGAUUGACUUUCCUCCUUUUGUCCUUGAAUAUGAUGCCAGGGAAAAUGGGCCUUACUAUACAUCUUAUCCCCCAUCACCAGAUUUGUGACCUGCCAUCUAUCAGUGCUACUGGUUUCCAAGUACACCACUUUCUCCACUAAUUGCUACCUAUUGAAGUGAUACUCAUUUUUGCUGUUCAGAUCCAGAGAGCCUUUUGUCUCCACCUCUCUGGUAUUUUUUUAUUGACUAUAUUUUCUGGCACAUAAGCUGCUGAAAAUGGUAGGCCAUUCUGAACUGCACAUUUAUUUUAAAUUUGUAUAUUUGUAUCUAAUGAAAAUGUUUGUUUUUACAGGGUUGUUAAUAGAAACUGUAUUCUCCAUUAGACAAGCCACCAAUAUUGUCCACGUCAUCUCUUUAACCUUGCACGCUUCCUUCAUGUAUUUAAGCAUUUCUCAAAAAAUAUAGAACCAAUAUGUGCUCACCGGAUGCAUUGUUUGCUUCAGAUCCUGGCAUUACAUUUUAUACAGAUAAUUUGGUUAUGAUAAAAGAGAAUUGUCUGGGAUCAAGGAUGUGGAAAUGUAUCUGAUCAAAAUCACUAGCAAAAUAUGGGACUUAGAAUUUUACUGUACCAAUUAAGACUAAGAUUUAAGGACUAAAGUUCCUUGGAUUAUGUGAUUUGUUAAGAUUGCCACUGUUCUGGUCUCAACAGGAGAAAAGAAGACUGUAUCUUCAGCCUUUUCCUUUAAUUAUGAGUGAUUUGGUCUCCUGAGUCAAAAGCACUGCAUUUGUUGCUACUCUUAAAUGAAGGGCCUCUCCUGAGACUCCAUCUAUGGGCCAUCAGAAGGUGCUGUCUUCCUAGAGUCAUGAGUGAAUUUUCUUGGCUCCUAGGGCUACUCUCUCUCCAAGGACAUUCCCGAGCAGUGUCUCUUGAGUUGCCAACAAUCUGAAGGGAGUGUGUUGUAGUGAACAAAAUUCCAGGCCACUUUUGCCACUUAGGCUCUGAUUGUGCCUUAGCUUGCUUAUGAAUAAAAAUUAGUUAUGCUACCUACCUCACAGAGGUAUCAUGAGGAUAGCAUUUAGAAAGGGCUUUGAUGUCUUUGGAUGAAAAAUGCUAGGGGAGUUUGUGUGGUGUCUUUAAUUCAUUUUUAAGUGAUAAUAAAUAUACUUGAGGGAAUGCUACCAGGCACUCUUCUUGUUCUUGGCACCUUUUGAGUGAUUUUUCUUUUCUUGGGACAAGAACUGUCAGUGCAGAAUCCCAACCCUGAGGAUUGCCUUCCUGCUUUGUCCAGAAUUUCUUCUGGCCUACUCCUCCCUCAGUACUGCACUUUAGUAAGAGGCAUCUGUUCGCCAUUUAAAACAUUUCUUCUUGAAUUAAGUUCAAACCAUUAUAACUUCCAUCUGGGUAUCUUCAUAUUCCUUUUGAUUCCUGUAUCCACCCACCUUCUCUCUCACCCCAUCAUGUAAUCUGUACAGUGACAGUUUGGAGAAGAAAAAGUAGAACCCUUCUGUUCUGAUGUGCUCAAGACUAGUGCUUCCAAGGGUCCCAUUCUACUAUGUCCAAAUUAAUUCUUCAGUGGAGGUAAAAGAAACACUUCUCAUUUAUGAGAGAGAAAUUCCCCUAUAGUUGCGUCUACCCCAUUCUGAAUUUUCCCAUAUUAACAGGAAGGGGCUUUAAAUUUCUUAGAUAGGCACUCUUGCUUUUUGCAUGUAAUGGGCACAUUUACUUUGUGUCAGAAAUCAAAACCACUUGUUCCUAUAUGUGUUUGUUUGUUGAGAAUUUCCUGUUAUGUUCCCGAGGUCAUCAGGUCCUGACAGCUAGUCAGAUGUCUGCUGUUAAGUUUUCUCUCAAACAGUACUCCUUUAACCCCUUGAACCUUGAGCUUUAAAAAUCUGAAAAAUUAGCUUCGUCUUCAAUCAGUUAUUAGAUCAUAUGUGAAGUAUCUUUUCACUAGGAGCAAUUAUAAAAAUAGGCCAACAUUUUCUUUUUUAAAAAUGGAUUUAGCUACCUCUAAUUGGCAUCUAGCCUGAAUCAUUUCCUCUAUAGGUAACAAGGAAGCAAGCUUUGCCAUUUGAAAGAAGGCAAAUUUAUAUGUACAAUUUCUUAUAGUCAGUAAUUUUAAAAGGAUGUCCCUUCACUAUGUUCAUAUCGGUAUGUCAAUGUUUAGUUAAUGCAAGCAGAUUCUAUAUGUAGCAAGAUUCUAGAUCAGUUGAUUUCCUACAGUAUGAAGGUAAUAUGGGACUAUAUUCAUAUUAACUUCAUUUCACAAUUCAAGAGUGACUAAAGAUAAGGGCUGCUCUUCCUAAUGGAACUAAAUUUGAUAUCUGACCAAGUUCAUGCUUAUAUAGUUUUUCAUGUCUAAAGUGUUAUGUAAUGAAGUUUUUCCAGUGUACUAAAUCCUAGGAGGGGGACAUAGUGACUUUCAUGUUGAAGUGAUUAAGUAGCAUUGAUUGUAUGUCUGCCUUUGUCAGAAAGUUGAUUCUCCUGGAUAACACAUGCCAUUUUCAAGGACACAUGAGAGGAUAAAAGGGUAGCUGGAUGGAGAUGACCAGCAGCAGAUGAUACUAAUCCAAAGCACUACCAAGUCUUCAAUUUAAUUCAACUUUGGUCUUGCCAAAUGCUACUUACAUCGAAGAAGAAACAACUUACAAACAUUAAGUUAAUUUCAUUAAUUAAUCCAUGCAAGGCAUAAUACAGUUUUAAAACAAGUACAUUUCUUCUUUCAGCAUGUAUUUGAAUUUUUCUUAACUCAUCUAUAUCCAAGUUUCUUGACAGCAAAAAUCACCUCUUGAAAAAAGCUAUCUUUAUUUGACUCUAAAAGGCUUAGACUCUUAAAGUCUGUAUUUUAAAGAUUUUUCUUUUCUUUAAUAUAUAUCUUAUUUCAUUGGUAGUACUCUCUUUUUUCAAAAGAAUCCACCUACAGUAGUUUGAGACUAAACAGCAGGGAUUUUUAAGGUAUUUUUGUUAGGAAAAAUGGAUGUAGAUUUUUGAUCAAAUAUCUGAAGUCUAAAAAGAUUAAAGUAUCUCCCAUUUCUAGAAAGGGAUGAAUAAUAACCACUCUAGUUGUAAAACAUGGCUGGCCUAUUUCUACCUGCUUUCUGUUUGCUUAGGAAUUGUUUAAUGAAUUCAAACUGUAGGUAAUAGUUUAAUUUUUGCUUUGUAAAAGUUCAGAGGAAAAUGAUAAAAAAGUAGUUUCAGUGUAAGCUAAAAAUCACUUUUUAUGUUCUCCUUGAUACAUUGCCUGUGUAUGUAUGUAUGUAGACUUUAAAUUGUUUAAUAUAUGAACAGAAAUUACUCGAUUUUGAAAUACUGGGACAGAGAAGAAUUGUAUUGUUCUAUGAACAGUGAAUUGAUUGUAUUAAGGACCAAAAAGACUACAGGACAACAUAUAAACUUCUAAUUUGGAAUUACCCCAGUGAGUUUCAGUUGUGAUUCUAAGUUCUGGACAUCAUAAUCAACAUUCCCUAUAGUGUUUUACAUUUACUGUCAGUAAUAUACCUCAUAGUUGAUGAACGAGUCUUGGUUUGUAAUUGCCUGAGACCGUGAAGGGUAGAGGAGGGUUCUACCUGGUCAUAUCAUAAACCCAGACAUUAUAAGAAUUACCUAACAGGCCUAACCAUUUUUACAUUACAUACAUACAUAUGCACAUACAUGUAUAUAUGUGUAUACAGACAGCAGUCUGCUUUGCUUUACAUUCUUUGAAUGUGGUUUCUGUGGCCCUUAUGCAGAGAACAUAGAGCAAUAAGUAAGAGUUCAAGUUUUGAUUCUACCAAAAUGGCCCUUAAACAGAUGGUGUCAAGGUCAUUUUUAGAUAUUAGUGGCUCUCUUGGAUAUUAGUUGUUAACUUUGUUUUCCAUGCUUCCAAGAAGAGUAUUUUUGAAUCUUUAUAAGUAUAGCAUGCCUUAAAUGUAUAGGGCCACUGAGUUCAAGAAGAAAAGCAUAGGUAUUCUCUAGGUAAAUUAUACUAACAAAAUCACAACUGCUGAAUGUGAUUUAGUAUUUUUCUUGAAUAGUUAAAACUAAAACGUGUUGUAUGAACAAUCAUAUGUUUUUUGUAAUGUGUUUUGUUAGUGUAAGCACACAGUUGUAAACUGAGCCAGGACUUUGUCAGACCAAAUCUUCAGGGCUAACAUAUUUAAAUAAGAGCUUAACGUGUGUACAUGAUUUUAACUGCUGUUGGGCAAAGGAGACCUAAAAAUGUUCUGAUUGACACGAUCUUAAAAUUCGUUUAUGCAAAAUUCAGAAAGAUUUUAUUGAUAUUUUGCAUUUAAAAUAUUUUUUGGUCCUUUUAUGUUAGAAGUUAGAUCUCUUUUAAAGAGGGUCCCACUCCAUGCAAACACAGCUUAUGAAGUACCAGUAGUAAAACGGGAAUUUUUAUAUUGGAUCUCAAAAUAGGACAGUCUUUUUCGGACAUUUACACCUCGCAUUUCUGUAUCACCAAAGUUAACCUAAAUAGUAGUACAAAGUUCAGUGAGUUUCACUGUCAACCUUCUCUAUGGAGACCUAGACUACAGCUCCUCAAAUUCUAAUGUAUAUAUUUUAAAUCAGCUGGAAAUAUGUUGAAAUACAGAUUCUGACAAAGUAGGUCUACCAUGGAGCCUGGGAGUCUCAGAUUCUAACAAGCUCCUUUGUGGUAUCAAUUCUCCUCUUCCUAAGACCACACUUAGAAUAAAAGAGUGUAGACUGUAUUUGGCUUCCAUAUUUUCCCUGUUUCCAGAAAGGAGACAGAACUACUAUUGUAAUUCCUUAUGUGAGCCAGGCCCUCACACAUCCAUUAUCUUAUUUAAUCUUCCCCAUAAAUCCUGUGAGGUAAGGUGGUGAUAGAGGUUGAAAUCUACAAACACAAGCAAUGAAGUAUAUAGAGCAGUGUUUCUCAAAUUUGAAUAAUGCACAGUCCCUUUUAAUAAGGAAAAAUUCUCUUUGCUCCUCAGUUUUUUAUUUAUUUGUUAUUUAUGUAAUUACAUAUUAACAUAAAGCUACAUGUAAAAGGCUUAUGCUUAUAGCUCUGGCACACCUAUGAAACCAAAAGACUUUAAAGAUCAGACACAGGCAAAAGUACAAAAUAUAAAGUAACACUAAUUAAAUAUGAUGGAUGAUUGUUUUGCCAAAGUGAAACUGUCACUUGUAGUGUGAUUAUGGUAUGAAGUGCUAUCGUGCAGGUUCUUUAGAGUUCAGUGUGCACCUCCUGCCGUGUGCAAUAUGGUGACUCAAUUCUCCCACUACUGUCUUGUGACUCUUCAGACUAUUACUUUCAUUUGUUUAGCACAUCGUGGUGUUAUUUGGUCUUCCUCUAGCUUGAAUGCAUCACUUCCCUGUUAAGUCAGUGUCUGUUCUCCAUAAACCUUCCUCAACUAAAGCAGAACCCAGCUUUAAUGUACAAGUAAAUACAAUUGCAACCUGGGCACUGAAAUGUUCUGGCAGUAUUUGGGUUUUAAGGCAAUUGUCCAAAUAAUUCAAAACAUAAAUAUUAUUAUUUCAUAUUUUUCACCAACAUGAAAAAUGUCUAAUUCUCAUAGUAAACUCAUGGAUUCCCCCCCACCAAAUACCUUCUCCCUUCCUCCACUCCCACUCUAUCUCCCCCACCCCAUCCCCACAAGAAUGUUUAAUGGCAGUUGGUGGUCUUGCUUUGUUCUCCAGCACACCUGGGCUCAGAACUUGAGCGUGCUUCUCAAUCUUUUCUGAACUUCAGUCUUUUCAUGUAUUAAACAGGAAUGAUAUUCAAUGACUAAUUAAGAGAAAUAAAUGCAGUAAUGUUUA